AACACUCGCGCAUGCGCACAGGUCUCAGUUGUCAAACGGUGGUUAUGGAGAUGAACGUAGGCAACUGCUAUAUUUGGAUCUCAGGAACGGGAUGCCUCAUAAGAUAGGCUUCACUGUGAUCAGCUGGUCUGGUCAUGAAGGAAACUACAGUGCCAAAAAGCUGAUGGUCCACGCACCCACCAUCACUGGCUGGAGAUCCACUAGGUUCUGUCCAUACCCUCAGGAAAUCAUUCUGGAGUUGGUUGAAAGAUGUCGCAUAAGGAAACUCCAGCUACUGGCCCAUCAGUACCUGGUCCCGUCCAAGAUUGAGUUCCACAUUGGAGAUAGACUAACAGAGUCCAGCUCGCAUCAGCAGGCUAAUAGUCUCCAUAGAUUGGGGUAUGUUUCUCUGUCUGACAAUGAGAAGACUGGUUUCAAAGCCAGAGAGCUGAAGUCAGUUCAUGUUGAUGCUGUUGGAUCUUACUUGAAGCUCACCUUUCACAGAAACCAUGUUAAUCAAUACAACAACUACAAUCAGGUUGCAUUGGUGGCUUUAAAUAUAUUGGGUGACCCUGUGGAUAUAAAUGACAUCGGAACAGCACUAAGCAGAGAUCAGCUGAUUGAUCAAUAUCUAAACAACAGCCAACACAGCUCAGCCCUGGAUGGCACAUAUACCGGGCUCUCGAGUUACAAAUGUGAAUCUAUCUCACCCCUUGAUGACUUGGCGUUUGACAUGUAUCAGGACCCUGAGGUGGCACAUAUCAUUCGGCUGCUGGACCAGAAAAAACAGGACAUGGUUCGGGAGGAAAGAUUUGAUCUGGCCAAAAAGCUUAAACAAGCUAUUGCAGACCUGCAAAAGGUGGGUGAACGUUUGGGCCGAUAUGAUGUUGAGAAACACAGUGCCAUAGAACGAGAGGAAUAUGACAUAGCCAAGCAGAAAAAGGAACAAAUGGAUGCUUACAGGCUUACAGUCUACAAGCAUCUGGAGCUCCACUGUCUGCUGGACAUCAGUCAAAUCCAUAGAAUUUCUGAACUUUCCAACUCUCCACGUGCUGGCACGCAGAAACACACGCCUCAACCCGUGGACUCACCCACGAAGAGGAGACAGGAACAACAUGUGAAGGAGACAAAUGAGCAGCACACAAAACCAGUCAGCCCCAAACAUUCAGUCGCCCCAACACCCCUCACUCCUCCUCACGCUUCCAAAAUUGAUAUCAGCUCCCUUCCUUAUGAUGAGAGGCCUUUACCUGUUUUUAGGAAGAGGUUGAGUGAUCAACCAGUCAAAGAGCUCGACAAGAUGCCCCCUCUGACUGACACAAGCUCCCCACGUAGCCCUGAAUCCUCAGGACAACCAGAACCGCUCACAGAGAAAGCUCAGAGAGAGGCCAGUCUGCCCAUCGAGAUCUAUGGAGACUGUCUGGUGGCAGCGUCCUAUUCAAAGAUGUGGUCUCACAGGGAGGAUGCUUUGCUGACAGUCUACAAGAAACUGAUGGAGGUUCCACCCGGUACCCCAAAAGCAGAACUACGGAGCAUGAUGAGAGCAGCUGUGUUCCUCUGCAAGAAAGCACUCACAGAUAAAGUGUCAUCUGUAUUUCUUACAUCUAUAAAUCUGCUUCGAAUGAUUCUGAGUGAGUUUAUUCCCAACCAUCAGCUUGGCAAAUCUGAGAUCAGUCACUGUGUGGAACAGACUUGGAAUAAUCUGCUCUUUAGGACCGGAGACUCAACCCUGAGACUCAGAACACUUGCUGUCACCUUCAUACGGGAAAUGGCUUUAUUUAAAGAGGUGAGAGCUCUGCAGAUGGUUCCUUUGGAGCUUGUCAAGCCCAUGCAGAGCAGUAUACCCGCUAGACUGGCGCUGAGCAGACUGGAACUAUUGGAGAAGCUUCUAGAACAGCUGGGCACCAAGAAUUCUGGCUUCACCCUCGACAACGUCAUGCGGUUUCUGUCAGGUGGAUUAGAGCACAGCGCUGCCUCAGUGCGUGAACUCUCUGUGAGAGUUGUCCAGGAUAUGUACCGUCUUCAUGGUAAAGCGGUUUUGAAUUAUCUUCCACCUGAUGACACCAGCACACGUAAAAAUGUCCUCUACAAGAACCUUUUCGACUCGUUUACCAAGUUAGACGGAAACAACAAAAAUAUGCAGGAGAGAAAAAAAGUGUCCGAACUGGAAGAUGGUGAGAGAGAGAAAGAGGAAAUCAGGAGUUUACAGGAGCAGCUUGCAGUGCUGAAGGAGAUCAGUGAGAAAGGAAAGGACAAUUCCAAAUUACCUGAGAAAAAAACUGAGAAGGCAGACAAAUCAGCAGUUGUUAAGAAGUCAAACCAGUCUGUCCCUGCUGAUGCGAAAGACAGCCAAUCAUCUGCAGCUAACUACUUAGACAAUCUGUGUAUUUUUUGUGGGGAGAGAGAUGCGUCAUUCACUGAGGACGGACUUGACCUGCACUACUGGAAACACUGCCCAAUGUUGCAGCGCUGCCUUCAGUGCAGACAGGUAGUGGAGAUUGCGAGCCUGAUAGAACACUUGCUGACAGAGUGUGAGCGGAGGGCAGAUUUCACCCAGUGUCCUCUCUGCUGCGAAGCCCUUCCCCGACAUAAGCUAACUGAGCAUGCUCAGAGCCCUGCUUGCAAUCCACCAGCUUCUGGAGAAAAUUGUAAUCACUGUCCUCUCUGCCAUGAAAACUUCGCCUCGGGAGAGGAGGCCUGGAAAUCUCACCUCAUGGGACCGGAGGGUUGUAAACAGAACUCGCGGAGGAGAGCGUUACAGCAGAGCACUCUCUCACACUCACAAGGAAAGACGGUCAGCACAGGUGUGGCUAGGACAACAAUGGUCAUUUCUGAGUCCAAGGUUCGAGGGCUGGCCCGAGGUAGUCGCAUCCCCGCUCCUGCUUCCAGAAACAACAGACACAUCAGAAACCCUCCAGGCAAGGCCUCUACCCUCCGACUACAACAGGCGUGACGCAAAGAUUGCAUUCUAACUCUAGUAGUAUUGCUGGAUGGAAUCUAAUGUAAUCUUACACUCAAAUCUACUUCAUAUCAGGAUUCAAAUAAUGCAUUAUUGCACUCUUAUUAUAGGAUAUUCCUAUAAGACACAAAUAACAAUCAGCAUCAUUUUUCUGAGCACACGUUAUAUCGGUAACACCUCAUGUACAAUUUACCCACAACUGAAUGUACUAAACCUGAAAUAUGCGUUGAUGGCUUGUGAACAAAUUGAGCAGAAACCGGUUAAUGAGCUGGUAUGCAGUUUGUGUUCUGCUCCGUUUACCUUUCCAGGUUGCUGUUCUUUUUGAGAAUUUUAUUCUUGUAUAUUGUUUUCAUACUUGUUUGUUUAGUGUGUGUGUGUGUGUGUGUUUUAUGUGAAUAUUUUGUGAUUAUAGCACCUUGAUAUUUAAUAUUUUUUUAAGCGUUACUAGCAGCACCCCGGCCAAAAUUUGGUUUCUGUCUACGAGAUUUGGACUUAGGACAGAUUCUCAUUGUAUUGGAUUCGGAUAAUGCGCUUGCAUUCUCUGCAGCACUGGCCUUGAAAUCAAACAAAAAUGUUUUUCUUGAAAAGGCUGAGGCUAAUUCAAUUCUCAUAUCUGCUUUGAUGCUUUUCAGAGAAUCAUGACAUGGAGCAUAGAUUGUGCCAAUGCAUGAGACUAAAGAGCCAAGAGUGAUGUCAUUUGCUUCAGUAUUAGGCCUCGUUCUUGGCCUCGUUUAUUGUUGUGCAAAUUGUUUUUGUUGUAAGUCCCAGGGUAUGAUCUGCAUCGAACUAUUACAUCGUGUUAAAAAGUGAAUUAUUCGGUCCUUUCAUGCUUAUAAAAUCCUCGAGACCGAAGGUAUGGAACAAAAUGGAGGACUGUCCGAGUGGAAUAGGCUGAUUCUGUGCCUGAAAAUAAGCCAUAAAAUCACUUAUAAAAGUGAAGACUGAACACAAGUGUGCCGUUUGAGUUUACCCAUAAUCAAGGGACUUCAGGGAUGAUAGAAUUUUUAAAAUGUACAACCCCAAAAGUUCUUUUUAACAAUGUUUUCUGAUGGUCAUGUCUGACAUAAUGCAGUGUCUCCUACCUUCACUUCUGAGACAUGCAUUAUAUAACUGACAUACAUCAACUCCUCCAGACAUGAUUCACUCAUGUAUAGGGGGAUUACUGAGAUGUCUAAUAUUUAAAUAUGAACUAUUUAUUGAUUUAAAUAAGUCAAACUAAGCAUUUUUUUCGGAGUUGAGAAAGUUUUCUAAAAGUGAUAACUCUGUUUGUUGCACAGAUAGAGGAUUGAUACCCAAAUAGUAUUGAUUUUGCAAUCAUAAGUCUGACAGUUGUACUAUAUAUAGAUAAUGUAGAUUAUAAUGGUAGAAUGUCAUAGGAUAUUUGUUUGUGUUUGCUUUAAUUUAGAUUUAUUUUAGUCAUAGUACCAGAAUUAAGAAGCACAGCAGUUUUUGUCUCAUAGUAAACUGGUUCCAGUCAGCAAAUGAUGAACAAAUGUGUAUUGUGAGUUCUUAAGGAUAUCAUUAGUCUGGCCACUUUCCCUUAAUAGCUUUAAUAUUGUCUGUACAGACUGUCUGCACUUAGAUGUGCAACAAGAGUUUGAAGCUAAUUUUAAGUGUAAUAUUGUUACCAUAUAGAAAUUCUUUAUUGUAAUUUUAAUUGUCACAACAGAUACGCCCCUCAGCUCUUUGUGCAUUGAUAUUAACGGAAGCUAACAUCUGCUUUGUAGCUUUAUUUAUUUGAAGCCAUUUUAAUAAAUGUAUUUGAAAAAAGUUUUCACAAUCUUUUUUUUUUAAUCUAAAAAAAUUCUCCACAUAUUUAGCUUUGUAAAAGUUAGGUGUUGAUUGGGUGUCAUGGCCAUGGGGUAAUUGUUUACCCAAAAAUUAAAUUAUGUUGAAUGGAGCCUAAGAUUUUUGGCAAAAGCACAAUAUAGGAGUGAACUGAACGCCGACUUAAAUGUCAGUUUGUUCCUUGCACAAUGCUGAAGGUUUGACUUCACACAUAAAAACACUUUAAUUAAUCUUACUUAGGCCUAUAUGGUGCUUAAAAUCUACACUCCAUUCUUUGUAAGGUUCCUGGUGAACUUCACAAUUGACAUACAAAUUUUGUAGCUAUAUGGUAUGCGUUUAAAAAUGUACUUGGAAAAAUAAAUCUACCCUGAGAAACA